AUGGGGUGGAAGACCACUUGGGCCACUCUUGCCCUUUCGCAGACUUCUACCGCUUACUUAGCCUCGAGAUCUGGAGAGGCGUGCCACGUUCUAGCCUCCCAACUUCCAGGCAAGGUUUCUUUUCAAAAUUCGACCCAGUACGCCGUGUCCAAUAUUUAUUGGUCAGACCGUCAAGGCGAGAUCAAGCCCGCUUGUUUUGUGACGCCAGAGAGCACCGACGAUGUCACCACCACAAUCAAAACAUUGGCAUCUCUAUCUGCACCGUUCACGGUCAAGAGCGGCGGCCACACCGCGUAUGAUGGAGGAUCCAACAUCGAGAAUGGCGUCACAAUCGAUUUGGCACGUCUCAACGACAUCGCACUUUCUGAAGAUUGUCAAACCGUAUCCAUUGGACCUGGAAAUCGAUGGGCCAAUGUUUCCGGAGUGCUCGAUCCUUUGGGCUUGGCAGUUGUGGGCGGACGCGUCAGCGAUGUUGGAGUAAGCGGACUAAUCCUUGGCGGAGGUAUCUCGUUCUUCUCCGGGCGAUACGGGUGGGCUUGCGACAAUGUCCGCAACUUUGAAGUCGUACUGGCGUCUGGUGAAGUCGUCAAUGCUUCUCCAAAGUUGAACACGGACUUGUUGUGGGCUCUUCGUGGUGGCGGAGGGUCCAACUUUGGCAUUGUCACUCGGUUCGAUCUCGCGGUAUUCGAGCAAGGCGACGUAUGGCUUCACAACGCCAUCUAUCCUCUCACUCUAAGCAACGAACUUAUCCCAGCGUUUGUCGACUUGGCAAUGAACGGACUGCCUGUAGAUGUCGAUGGCCAUACCUUCUUUGUAAUGGCACAUGUGCCUGACCUUGGGGGUUUCCUGAUCUUGAACUAUCUCUUCCAUGCCAGUCCCCCUUCAGAGGGAAAAACGCCUCCGAUAUUCGUCAAGAGCUCAUCAAUCUCUGGAUCUUUGGUCAACACGACAACAAUUGCCAAUGUCACCACUCAGUCGAAGGGGCUCGCGGAACCGUACGGCGGCCGUAAAGCGUGGGCGGGUACGUCGGUCUACUUGAAGGAAGGCUCCGAGCAACUCCUUCAAGACAUUGUCUCUUUUUAUCAGGUGUUCGCUGAGAAUCUUGCCAAUGAGGCAAACAUUACCAAUGAGACUGCCACCCCUUAUCUCAUAUACCAGCCCAUCACAGCCAACAUCCUGGAGGCGAUGCAGAAGAACGGCGGGAAUGCCCUCGGACUUACACCUGAAAAGGGGCCAUUGGUGCAUAUUCAGGUUGUAACGCAUUGGGAAACAAGUCUUCUGGACCGCCACAUUCAGGAGACUGCAGCCGAUCUCAUCGCCAAGAUCGACAAGCUUGCGGAAGAGCGAGGGUUAGCGGCGGGAUACACGUACAUGAAUUAUGCCGAAAAGAAUCAGGACGUUUACGCGGGGUAUGGUGAAGAGAACCACCGGCGAUUAAGGCAAAUUGGGGAGAUUUACGAUCCCGACGGAGUUUUCAAGAAAUUAUGGAGGGGCUACUUCAAAGUCUGA